CCCUCCGCUUCGUCUGCUUCUGUUUGGUUGGCUCACUUGGGCGUUCGUGUGCGCAUGCGCGGCGGCGGCGGCGGCGGCGGCGGCAGCGGCUGGGUUCGGUCUGGUGGGAGAGGAGGCGGAGGAGAGGGGAGAAGAGAAGAUCAUCUUCGAGACGGGGAGGGCGCCGCGGGCGGGACCAUGGCGGGCAGCAGCGCCGCUGGACUCGGUGGGGCUGGCGAGACGAAGGUGAUUUACCAUCUGGACGAGGAGGAGACGCCGUACCUGGUCAAGAUCCCGGUCCCGGCCGAGCGCAUCACCUUAGGAGACUUUAAGAGCGUCCUGCAGCGCCCCGCCGGGGCCAAGUACUACUUCAAGUCAAUGGACCAGGAUUUUGGAGUGGUGAAGGAGGAGAUUUCAGAUGACAAUGCCCGAUUGCCCUGCUUCAAUGGGAGGGUAGUCUCUUGGCUUGUGUCCUCAGAUAACCCUCAGCCAGAGAACACCCCCCAAGCUCCUGAGCCUCGAGCAGAACCCUCAUCUCCACCCCCACCACUGCCUCCCCUCCCUCCUGAGAGGACUAGUGGCAUUGGGGACUCAAGGCCUCCAUCUUUCCACCCUAAUGUAUCUAGCAGCCGAGAAAACCUAGAGCCUGAGACAGAAACAGAAUCAGUAAUAUCACUGAGACGGGAUCGGUCUAGGAGGAGAGAAAGCAUCGAUCAUGUUGGUGGUGGCCACCGACCUAAUGGUUCUUCCCGAUUGGAGCGGCACCUGGCUGGUUAUGAGAGCUCCUCUACUCUCUUAACUAGUGAACUAGAGAACACCAGCCUAGGAGAUUCAGAUGAGGAUGAUACCAUGAGCAGGUUCAGUAGCUCCACCGAGCAGAGCAGUGCCUCCCGACUCUUAAAGAGACACCGUCGGAGGAGGAAACAGCGACCACCUCGACUAGAAAGGACCUCAUCCUUCAGCAGUGUAACAGAUUCUACCAUGUCUCUCAAUAUCAUCACAGUCACGCUCAACAUGGAGAAGUACAAUUUCCUGGGCAUCUCCAUUGUGGGCCAAAGCAAUGAGCGUGGCGAUGGUGGCAUCUACAUCGGCUCCAUCAUGAAGGGUGGUGCUGUGGCUGCAGAUGGGCGAAUUGAACCAGGGGACAUGCUGCUGCAGGUGAAUGACAUGAACUUUGAGAACAUGAGUAAUGAUGAUGCCGUACGGGUGCUAAGAGAGAUUGUGCACAAGCCUGGCCCCAUCGUGUUAACUGUGGCCAAAUGCUGGGAUCCCUCCCCUCAGGCUUACUUCACACUCCCCCGAAAUGAGCCAAUCCAGCCUAUUGACCCUGCGGCCUGGGUUUCCCAUUCAGCAGCACUCACUGGUGCCUUCCCUGCCUACCCAGGCUCUUCUUCUAUGAGCACUAUAACUUCAGGCUCUUCCCUGCCUGAUGGUUGUGAAGGACGUAGCCUCUCUAUACACACAGACAUGGCAUCUGUGACCAAGGCCAUGGCAGCGCCUGAGUCUGGGCUGGAGGUCCGGGAUCGAAUGUGGCUUAAGAUAACUAUUCCCAAUGCCUUUCUGGGCUCAGAUGUAGUCGACUGGCUUUACCACCAUGUGGAAGGGUUCCCUGAACGUCGGGAGGCAAGGAAAUAUGCCAGUGGGUUGCUCAAGGCAGGCCUAAUCCGGCAUACUGUCAACAAGAUCACCUUUUCUGAACAGUGUUACUAUGUCUUCGGGGACCUCAGUGGGGGCUGUGAAAGCUACCUUGUGAACCUCUCUCUGAAUGAUAAUGAUGGAUCAAGUGGAGCUUCUGACCAGGACACACUGGCUCCACUGCCUGGGGCCACACCAUGGCCCUUGCUACCUACUUUCUCCUACCAGUAUCCAGCCCCACAUCCCUAUAGUCCCCAACCUCCCCCUUAUCAUGAGCUUUCAUCCUAUAGCUAUGGAGGGGGCAGUGCUGGCAGCCAGCAUAGUGAGGGAAGCCGGAGCAGUGGAUCUACACGAAGUGAUGGGGGCAUAGGACGUCCUGGGAGGCCAGAAGAUCGAGGUCCGGAAUCCAAAUCAGGCAGUGGUAGUGAAUCAGAGCCAUCAAGCCGUGGUGGUAGCCUUCACUGGGGUGGGGAUUCUGGUGAUGCCACCCCUCCUCCACCCAGGGGACUAGGUGGGGGUGGCAGCAGCCUUCGUUCUCACCCUAAUCUCCAUCCCUAUGGGCCGCCUCCUGGUGUGGCACUACCAUAUAACCCCAUGAUGGUAGUUAUGAUGCCACCUCCACCCCCCCCAGCAGUUCAGCCUCCUGGAGCACCUCCUGUUCGAGACCUGGGCUCUGUACCACCUGAGCUAACUGCCAGUCGACAGAGCUUCCACCUGGCCAUGGGCAACCCUAGUGAGUUUUUUGUGGAUGUCAUGUAGGACCUUAUCUAUCAAUUUGACCAGGUUUUCUUGUACUAUCUGUGUCUUGAUAAUUCCUAUUAAUUCCCAGCAUGUGAGUACCCCUUCCCCCUCACGUUUCUGUAGCCAAGACUCACUUUUGCUACUGGAUGCCAUCAGGUCCAAAAAAAAUUUUUUUGGGUGAUUUAACCAAGGAGUUGCUACUACCAACAGUGCCUGAUCUGACCCAGGGUUACAGGAUUUUAUAUAUAAACUUUUUUAGGGGGGGAGGAGGGAAAAAUACAUUUUUAUUAUACUUUUUGAUACUUUAAAAAGAUAUUUUUCUGGAAUGAAGUAGCCCUAUGACAAUCCCUUCCCAUCCUAUUUGUCUUUCUUGCCCAAGUGGUUGGAGAGUAAGGAAAGGGUUGGUAUGUUGGGGGAUGGUAUCUCCACCUGCCUUUAGAAUUUAGGAGCCCCAAGCUAGGGUUCCAUAGCUGCCUAUAUUGCUAUUUAUUUUAGACUUUUGUGUAUAAAACCCUAAAUAAAGCAAUAGAAGGGAA